UCGAACGUGGUUAAAGAAUUGCAUAUAUUUCCUCUUGCGUGGGUUAAAGAAUAGGCACGAAACGCACUUUUUCCCUCUCCACGAAACGCGCCUUCCUUUCUCUCUUUACCAAACGAUUAAUCUUAUACGUCUGUGCAAGCAGAAAGAAGGGGAAAGGAAUCGGAGAAUGUUCGUAAUCACGAAGGUGUUCGGUUCUGUGAGCCAUGCUUAGAUGGGAAGCAUCAAGAUUAUCUUAAAUUUAAAGGCAUUAAAGGAUGGCGUUCUAUUCAGAAGAAGAUGAGCAGAGUCAUGGUUAUCUUUUUAAGAUAGUUCUGAUUGGUGAUUCUGCUGUUGGCAAGUCAAAUUUGCUUGCAAGGUUUGCUCGGGAUGAGUUCUACACAAACUCCAAGUCUACAAUAGGCGUUGAGUUCCAAACUCAGAAAAUGGAAAUUGAUGGGAAGGAGGUAAAAGCUCAGAUUUGGGAUACAGCAGGCCAGGAACGUUUCAAAGCGGUGACAUCGGCAUACUACCGUGGUGCUGUAGGAGCUCUAGUGGUUUACGACAUAAGCAGGAGCCAGACUUUUGAUAGCAUCGGCAGAUGGCUUAACGAACUGCACACAUACUCCGACAUGAACGUUGUGACCAUCCUUGUUGGUAACAAGACUGAUCUCAAAGAUGCGAGAGAGGUGAGCACCGACAAAGGCAAGGCUUUCGCCGAAGAGCACGGCCUCUUCUUCAUGGAGACCUCUGCCCUCGACAACUCAAAUGUCGUCGCCGCCUUCCAAACCGUUGUCAAGGAGAUAUACGACAUACUAAGCCGAAAGAUUUUCCACUCCCAAGAGAUGAAGAAAGAUGGGAGUUCGCUCGGAAGUGGGAGAGCAGUCAUUCUAAGAGAAGAGGAUGACAGGGAAACCUCAGGAGCUUCAGGUUCCAGGUGCUGUUCUUUUGGUUGAUGGCAAUUUUCAUAACUUGUUGCAUUCAUCCAUUGUUUCAUUCUUUAAUCUAUUAUUACAAGCAUUUGUAAAUGGAUUGUAUGCUAUUUAUCAUAAUAGGAAAUAUCAAGAUGCCAUUAUGUUGAGUUUUUGUACAAAACAUAAAAAGUUUAUGUUUACAUUACGUAAUAUGAUCAUGAAU